AUGGAUUAUACUCGUAUGAAAGGCACAAGCGCAAUAGAUACCUACAGCUACCCCCUCCCAGCCUCAAAGCCCGACGGUCGCCUACGCACUCGCCGCAUCCACGUAAUCGACACACCGGGCUUCAACAACACGAACCGCUCAGAUAUCGAGACCCUCGCCGUGCUCGCUUCCUACCUCGGCGCGUCCUACGCCAACGGGAUACAAAUAAACGUCAUAAUCUUCCUCCAUCCUAUCACGAAUAAUUGA